CCUCCUGUUAAUGUUUACAAGGCAGGUCUGGCAGCGUCAUGGUCUGAGCAAAGACCAGGUCCCUGCCCGGCUCUCCCUUCUUCCUGCUGGCAGGAGCAGGGCAGCGGGACAGGUACAGGGAGGAAAAGACCCGAAUCCCGCUGCCUCCUCCAUCCGCUCUGCUUCCAUCCAUCCACACAUCCACCUCCGGCUGUGCUUCCCCGCUCGCAGGUACUGCGGAUGAGUAAUGCCACACGUGCCUUGCCCUCUUCCAUGGAGCCCAGCACCCUGGGGCCCAGCACAGCACCCAGGCUGGCUUCACCCUCCUCAUCGCCAGCCCUUGCCCUGCUCAUGGUUGCCCACAACGACUCCCAGGACAGCCAGCAGCUUUUCCUGACCACUACAGCAGCACAGGCCAUCUCCGGCAUCUUCGUGUGGUCGGCUCUCGUCAUCACCUUCCACCAGAUCUACACACACCUGAGGAAUUACACCAUGCCCAAGGAGCAGCGCUACAUCAUCCGCAUCCUCUUCAUCGUGCCCAUCUAUGCCUUCGACUCCUGGCUCAGCCUCCUCCUCCUCGGCAGCCACCAGUACUAUGUCUACUUUGACUCAGUGCGCGACUGCUAUGAAGCCUUUGUGAUCUACAGCUUCCUGAGCCUGUGCUUCGAGUACCUCGGAGGGGAGAGCACCAUCAUGGCUGAGAUCCGUGGGAAGCCCAUUGCAUCCAGCUGCUUUUAUGGGACCUGCUGCCUUCAGGGUAUGUCCUACUCCAUCGGGUUCCUGCGCUUCUGCAAGCAGGCCACGCUGCAGUUCUGCAUCGUGAAACCCCUCAUGGCGAUCGUCACCAUCAUCCUGCAGGCCUUCGGGAAGUACCACGACGGGGACUUCAACGUCCAAAGCGGCUACCUCUACAUCACCAUCAUCUACAACUUCUCUGUCAGCCUGGCACUUUACGCCCUUUUCCUCUUCUAUUUUGCCACCAUGGACCUGCUGCGCCCGUUUGAGCCAGUCCUCAAGUUCAUCACCAUCAAGGCAGUCAUCUUCCUCUCCUUUUGGCAAGGGACGCUGCUGGCAAUCCUGGAAAAAUGUGGGGUGAUCCCUGAAGUUCAGAUCAUCGACGGGAAGGAGGUGGGAGCUGGGACAGUGGCUGCCGGCUACCAGAACUUCAUCAUCUGCAUUGAGAUGUUCUUUGCCUCCAUUGCCCUGCGCUAUGCAUUCACCUGCCAGGUGUACAGAGAGAAGAAAGAAAACUCAACAGCAAACCUUGCUCCGAUGCAGAGCAUCUCCAGUGGGCUGAAGGAGACCAUAAGCCCCCAGGACAUCGUCCAGGAUGCAAUCCACAACUUCUCACCCACGUACCAGCAGUACACCCAGCAGUCAAUGCAGGAUGCAGAGCGCAAAGCACCAGGAGAGAACGGGCACGUGGCCACCAAGGCGGAUGGACCGAGCAGUAGAAAGAGCAAAAACAUCGAGAAGAGAGUGCUGAUCCUGUCGGAUGAGGAGCUGUAGGGGACAAUGGAAGGG